CUUUAUUUUGAAAGUCUUAGACAGGAAACGGUUACCGGACACCGGAAAUAGUCGCUGCAGACAAGCCUGUUUGAGCUGUUCUGACAGACCCAGCGUUGUAGAGACGCCAUGUCACGUUCACGUCAGCCACCGCUGGUGACGGGCAUCUCGCCCAAAGAGGGCACAGCCUGGACCAAAGUCACCAUCCGAGGAGAAAACCUGGGAACAGGACCGGCAGAUCUCGUUGGUCUGUCCAUCUGCGGCCAUAACUGCAUGCUGACAGCUGAGUGGAUGUCUGCCAGUAAAAUCGUUUGCCGCGUGGGUCCUGCCAAAGACGACAAGGGAGAAAUCAUCGUCACCACCAAGUCCGGGGGUCUCGGCACCUCCACCGUCUCCUUCAAGCUGCUCCGACCGGACAGGAUUGGUAUCCUGGAGCAGUCGGCCGUGUGGGUGGACGAGAUCAACUAUGACAUGAGGAGGGAUCGCAACAAAGGCCUCUCGCCCCUCUCUCUGGGUCCCAGCAAUCCGCUGGGCAUCGAGAUAGACAAAGGCAACAUCCCACAGAAGGACCUCGAGCUGGUGUUUCCUGGAAUGAGUGGAGACUUCACCAGCGAGAACUUCGCUGCCACCUGCUAUCUGAUAGAAAACCACGCCGGCUCCAGUUUUGAGCACCUGAAGCUUGCAGCCAGUAACCUGAGGAAGCAGGCCACCAAGAAGAACGAGGGGAGUCUGGGCUACGUGAAAGGAGGCCUGAGCACCUUCUUCGAGGCUCAGGAUGCUCUGUCAGUGAUCCACCAGAAGCUGGAAUCCGAUGGCACGGAGAAGGUGGCUGGAUCGAUGACCCAGCAGCUGGAAGACAUCCUCAACCGAGCGAGCGACACCGCAGAUACGCUCUUCCAGGAGGUCCUGGGACGGAAAGACAAAGCCGACUCCACACGCAAUGCACUGAACGUCCUGCAGCGUUUCAAGUUUCUCUUUAACCUGCCACUCAACAUCGAGCGCAACAUCCAGAAGGGAGAUUACGACGUGGUGAUCAAUGACUACGAGAAAGCCAAAUCUCUGUUUGGGAACACCGAAGUUACCGUUUUCAAAAAAGUUUAUGCCGAGGUGGAGACGAGAAUCGAAGCUCUGAGGAGGCUCCUGUUGGACAGACUUCUGCAGACGCCGUCCACGCUCCACGACCAGAAAAGAUACAUCAGGUAUCUGUCCGACCUCCAUGCUCCGGGCGACCCGGCGUGGAAGUGCAUCGACGCUCAGCACAAGCGGAUCCUGCAGCUGAUGCAGAACUGCAGAGACGGGUUCAUCAACGGCCAAAGAGUGGGGGUUGGAGCUUUGGACCUGGAGGGGGAUACCCGACCCUCCGCCCUCAGCAGGCUGAGCCACUCCGCCUCUCUGAAGCGAGGGGGCAGUCUGCGAUCGCCGCGGCCCAGCACGUGGCGCUUCGAAACUCCCCCGCAGGUUCAGUUUGUGGAGAAGCUUUCUGACGUGGUGAUCGGUCAGCUGCCCAACUUCUGGAAGCUCUGGAUCUCCUACGUUAAUGGGAGUCUUUUUAGUGAGACGGGAGAGAAAUCCGGCCAGGUUGAAAAGUCCAAGAAGAACGCCAGACAGAGGCAGAACGAUUUUAAAAGGAUGAUUGAAGAGCUAACCAGCAGGCUGGUGAAGUUCAUCCGAGGCGCCCUCCUCCCCACCACCAUGCCCCCCGCUGAGCUGAGUCUUUAUGGAGGCUGGGAGGACAAGGCGGAGCUGACGGGAGCCUGGCUGACCCAAAUCAUACACAUCGUCAGGGCUUGUCAUGAGGCGCUGUCGGCUCUGGAGAUCCCAAACGAUUUGCUGCAGGUGAUCCAGGAUCUGCUGUUCGAGCUGAGAGUUCACUGUCUCAUGAUGACUCUGCUGCACACGACCGAAGACGUGAAGAGGCUUGCUGAGAAGGAAGAUUGGGUCGUUGAUAACGAGGGAAUCACCAGUCUGCCUUCCAAGUUUGAACAGUGCAUAGUUCAGAUGCUGCAGUCCCUCAAAGAGCCUCUGGAAAUCAAACCUGGAGAGAUCAAUGUGCUGCAGCUAGACCAGGUCCAGGACCAGGCUGCAGAGCUCGGUGUCAGCAUCAUGAAGGCUUUCAUUAACUGUUUGGAGCAGCUGAGCACAAAGACGGAUGGAGACUUCGGCGCAUCUCGCAACGUCUCCGUGGACCUGUCCUCUCCAGAUCGAUUCGUCGCCAUCCCAGAAGGCUUCAGUCCCACAUCUGAGCAGCGUUUGCUCAUCAUCCUCAGUAACUGUCAGUACCUGGAGAGACGGACCUUCCUGAACCUGGCCGAUCGCUUUGAGAAGCACGGCUUCACGGGGACGGAGAAGAUCACGCAGGUGAGUGUGGACGCUGUCCGGGAGCUGGACAGGAAACUUUUCGAAGCCUACAUCGAGAGACGAGCCGACCCGAUCGCGGGAUCGCUGGAGCCCGGCAUCUACGCGGGGUAUUUCGACUGGAGAGACUGCCAGACGCCCGCAGGUGUGAGGGACUACCUGAAAGAAGCUCUUGUGAACAUCAUUGCUGUUCAUGCUGAGGUCUUCACCGUCUCCAAGGACCUGGUUCCUCGGGUUUUGUCUAAAAUUGUGGAAUCGGUUGCGGAGGAGAUGUGCCGUCUGAUGCAGUGUGUGUCGUCCUUGAGUAAAAACGGAGCCCUGCAGGCCCGACUCGAGCUCUGCGCCCUGAGGGACGCCGUAGCCACAUACCUAAACCCUGAUAGCGACUCCAGCUUCAAACUGGCUCUGGAGUCCCUGCCUCAGCUGCACAGCGGAGCCGAUAAGAAGUUGCUGGAGGAUCUGCUGAACAGCUUUAAGAGCAGCAUGCAGCUCCAGCUCACCUGCUUCCAGCCGCCCAACAUCCAGCCUGUGAAGAGAUGAUCUCACGCGUCUGCGUGCGAUCAGCCGACAAGCUGCUCAGCUUGCACCGUUUCCUUUGCUCCUUUUAUUUAGCACCACCCUCAAUUUCUGCUUCAGUAGAUGAACACAGUGGCUACACGUCUCAUCUCUAAGACACCAAAUGAGUGCGUUUCGUUGUUACUGUGCAGGACGGCCCCUGCUGAGUGUGUCAUGCUAAUCAUGCGUGGCUACGGAGUUCGUGUCUGACGUGGAUGUAGUCUUCUCUCACAGAUUCCGUUGUUACAAUCAAACGUUGUAAUUUAUCCUUCGUCGUUUGUUUCACCCAAUAAAAUGAGCAACGUCUCUA